CGCGCGCCCUCAGCUGCCGCCCUGCGCCUUCCACCAACGGCCGGAUUGCGCUGCCUCGCCUCGCUCUGCCGCCACGAGACAGGGCUUCGCCCCUCUGCCUGCGCCUGUGCGGCGUCUCAAACCGGGUCCCUCUGCGCGCCCUGCACCAUGAGUAGGAAGAUUCACCUGGAAAGGAAUGACUACAUCUCCUCCAGGUCUUGCAAACUGGUGGGCUCCAUUUUGCCUGUGAAAGAGUUCCAGAGCCAGAUGAGACCCAGAGAACCAACGUGAGACAUGGUACGAGGAACCAUGUUCUGACUGGUGCCACUGCAGAUGCAGUUCCAGUAGUGGUAACAACAGUGGCAGUUCUUAUGAAAACUGGAACACGCAGAUAAACGCGUAGGCUCAAGUGCCCACAUGAUCACCACAGCAAGAGUACCUGCUGAUAAGCCAGUCCGAAUUGCCUUCAGUCUAAAUGACUCCCCAGAUGAUACUCCUCCUGAAAACACCUUUCCUUUGGCUUUCCCAGAACUAGAACAGCAACUUCAGCCUCUGCCUCCUUGCCAUGACUCUACGGAAUCUAUGGAGGUGUUCAAACAGCACUGCCAAAUAGCAGAAGAAUAUCAUGAGGUCAAAAAGGAAAUUGCACUGCUGGAAGAAAGAAAAAAGGAGCUGAUUGCCAGGCUGGAACAGGCAGAAAAGGAGAGCAUGGAUGCUGCUCAGCUGGCUAAGGAGUAUGCAGAACUGACAGAGGAGAAUCGGACAUUGAAACUGGCUCAGAUGCAGUGUGCAGAGCAACUGGAAAAGCUUAGAAUACAAUACCAAAAGAGACAGGGCUCUUCAUAACUCUCAACUAACCAAUAAGAGGCAGUCAAAUCCAGUAUUUGUUCUGUGCUGGCCAAGAGGUUUUAAAAAAAGGUUCUGUUGUAACACUUCACUAGAAAUACAGAAUAUUUAAAAGUCUAUAUUUGAUUUAAUGCUUGCCAGCCGGUAGCUUAAUAUAAUGGAUAUUUUAUCCAUUAUAUAAUGGAUAUUUUAUUUCAAGUAACAUAAUUGAAGCUAAUCUAGCCCCAUUAUAUGUUCUAGUAGAUCAGGUUUCUUUUCUAAAGAUAUUUCUUCCAAUUUAAGAAGAUAUGGACACACUACAAACUGAUAUAAAUAGUCUCUAUGUUGGGAGUUGGACCAUACUAAGACAUACAGCAGGGGCAGUGUUAAUAUAUGGAACACUGGAACACACUCAUGUGCUUCUAUUUUAGUUUAGUUUUCUUUUUUGUUUUUAUUUUUUUCAUGCCUAAAAUGUUUGGAAAUUGUCCUAAAUCUAAUCUGGCUCUGGCUCAAGAUUAUGCUCCAGGUAUCUGGCAUGUUGAUAAUGUCAAUUUUAGGUUGUUUUAUAAAGUCUAAAAGAUUGCACUUUUUUUUAAAAAAGUACUUUCAUUAAAAUAGCACUAACCAAUCAUUUUCAUCAAAGAAUUAUAUUGCUAUCAAUCAUUUUCAAGUUAUUAAAUUGUGAAGAAACAGAUAAAGUUUUCUUUCCACCGCCAUAUACUUGGCUAGAAAUUCUUUUCUUUUUAAAAUUCAUUUGUACUUUUUGGCAUGCAAGAAAUGGAAAAGUAAUGUAUGGACACUACAGUGGUGAAUAAAUAAGACUUUAUGGUUGUUAAUGGAGAAUACUUCAGUAAAAGUACCAUAUAUUUUGUUUUUAUUUUGUAGACUGUUUUGGAACAGAAAUGACUGUGGGUAGGUACUAAACAGUUCAGUGAUAUAUGAAUAACUGAGAGUUAAAAUGUCUGUUUUUCCUUGCUCUACUUAUCACUGUAUUUUCCUAAAUCAAUUGAAAAUCCUUUGUUAUACUUCCAUUUCUAUUCAUACAGUAUUUUUUUCAUUAAAAGUGGAUAUACAAAAAAGCUAUUUUGUGCCCUUCACUUCCUUAAUCUUCCCCAUAUUUUAAACUCCGCUCAACUGGAAGUAUGUUACAUUUUUGUGAGGUUAGAAUUAAAUACACAAAAAUUAAGGUUACACUUUUAAAAUUAAAAAUGUUAGGAAUUGCAAAAGGUAAGAUAUUCACAGUAACCUUUAAUUUUGACCCCAUUGUUCUUGUAGGACCCAACAUUUAUACUAAAUUAACCUAGGCAACUCUCACUGAAGUUAUUUAGCACCAAAUUUUACCCCAGCUGGUGCAGCACAGAGGCUUAAAGGAGUCCAAGGUGCCUCCUUACAUCUCUCUACUGGCAAAUAACAUCAGGUAGCAGCACAGACAUGAAAGUAGGUUCCAUAGGGCUGCUGCUUACUUCCUCAUGGAAUAUGGGGACAGGAUGGGGUGGGGAAUAGGCAGAAUCUCAGCUCCAAUCUCCCUAGCACAUGGGGCAGCAUACCUUGUACUGGUCUACACGUGGGGCAGUUUACUCUCUACCCAGAGCAGCAGGAAAACAAGAAGGGGAACUGUGUCUGAGUCACAAUCUUUUUUCCUGGGAUGCUUAAAGGGCAUGUAAUAAUGUGCUGCCCUUAUUUAGGGAAGAUUAUUAUCUCACAGUGUAGUCCUUGUGUAUACAAAUUUGAAAGCAAAACUGGAUCCAUAAAUUAAACAGCAUAAUGAAUAAUACAAAAUACUUAAGAUAUGGCAUUGCGGGCAAGGUAAGAACUUUGAGACCAAUUCUGUGCUGACAUACACUGUGUGCAAUCUUGUUGUCUUCAGUGGGUUUGCACUGAAUGCAUGACAAAUACUGUAAAUUCUCUGUUUCCUCCUCCCUAUGGUACUAGAGUACUGUGGUCUCGCCACCUGGGAUAAAUCUGGAAUUCUUUGGAUAAGGUUUUUAUUCAAAGCCCAUUGACAUCAAUGGAAACUCCCUUUGACUUCAGUUAAUUUGGGAUUUUUGAUUCCACUGAUCCGGUCUUUUUCCAUUUAGCCAAAUUUCUUUCCUUUAUAUUCUUAAUUAUAAUGCACAAUCAAAAAUAGCUCACUUUUAAUUUACAUAUAUGUACUAACAUGAACACACAUGUUUUUGAGAAUAGCAGCUCAAAGACAUUUCAUCACCCACAAAAUGAGUAAAACCAAAAUGGAGGUAGCUGAAAAAGAAAAAAAUAAGAAAAUACCAAAUAAGAAAAAGAGAAGAAAAACUAAAUGAUCUGACAAGUGAACAAAAUUAGAUCCACUGAACUUUGCAAAUCCAUUUGUAGGAAAAUGAAGCUGUAGAAAACUGAGGAAAACCAAGAGGCUACUCACAGUGUGUAAAGUAUGAUUCAGUCAGAUUAGCCUUCUGAAAAGAAA